CCCGCCAUUCAUUUGUUUUCAUUUACAUAACCUCAAUAUAAAUUCAAAUAAAUAAUGACUUAAUGAGUGAUUUUUGAGAAUUUCUUGAUAAAAUAUGAGACGCAGUUUGGCUCCUAGUCAAAUUUCAAGAAGGGACAGCUCUCCAUCACAAAAAAAUGGAUUCAUAUCACCACUACCUACAAAAAGGACCAGAGAUCAUUCAAAGGAUGAUAGGAAAAUUAAGCGCCCACCGUUAUCGCAAGUUUCCACACAGAUAGUAUUUGUUUCAGAUCAUGAGGAAAUGAUUAGAAAGCUCUCCAAACCUUUCAAAUGCCCCAUUCCCAACUAUGAAGGUUCCAAUUCUACUAGAAACCUUGGAAUUAGAAGGCCCCAAGUGAAAAGGGCCCUGUAUGAUCCAAAUAUGCCAAAUGCUUUGGUUCUGUAUGCCCCACCAGAAAUAUCACAACAUGAAAAAAUGAAGAAUAAGGAUGGCCUUGUAUUAGUUCAUGUUGUUGUGGAUCCACUGUUGGGUAAUAUUUUGAGGCCCCAUCAAAGAGAAGGUGUUAAGUUUAUGUAUGACUGUGUCACUGGGGUGCAAAUUCCAGGCUCAUAUGGUUGUAUAAUGGCUGAUGAGAUGGGGCUAGGUAAAACUCUACAAUGUAUAACACUUUUGUGGACCUUAGUGAGACAAGGUCCUGAGGCCAGACCUCUCAUUGAUAAAGGCAUAAUAGUUUGUCCCAGUUCUUUAGUGAAAAACUGGAGUAAUGAAAUUCAUAAGUGGUUGAAAGGGCGUCUUCAGUCUACUAUUAUGGAUGGAGGAACAGAUGCUAAGAAAAAGUUAUCACAGUUUAUGCAGGGUCAGGGUAGGACUGCCAUACCAGUCCUCAUAAUUUCUUAUGAAACUUUUCGUAUGCAUGCAGAAAUACUGCAUAAAAGUGAAAUAGGGCUUGUACUUUGUGAUGAGGGACAUAGAUUGAAAAAUUGUGAAAACCAGACAUAUAGGGCACUGAUGGGCUUGAAAGCAAAGAGAAGGGUUCUCCUAAGUGGAACUCCUAUUCAGAAUGACCUCUUGGAAUAUUUCAGUUUGAUUCACUUUGUUAAUGAAGGUCUUUUAGGUAGUGCUUCUGAAUUUAAAAGGAAAUUUGAAAACUACAUUCUCAAAGGUCAGGACUCAACGUCAACUCAACUAGAACGUCAACAUGCCUCUGAAAGACUGCUAGAGCUAACGACAAUUGUAAAUAAAUGUCUCAUACGUCGUACGUCUUCCCUCUUGACCAAAUACUUGCCUGUCAAGUUUGAGAUGAUCAUAAUCUGCCAACUUACUCCUAUCCAAAAACAGCUCUAUCUCAACUAUAUCAAUUCUGAGUCUAUAAAACGCUCAGUGAAUGAGGAGGACGUUAAAAGCACCAUGAGUUCCUUAGCCAGCAUAACGACCCUGAAGAAACUGUGCAACCACCCCUACCUGGUACUGGACAAGAUCCAAGAGGGGGCGGAAGGUUUCGAGCGCAGCAAGAAUCUCCUACCGCCCCCUAGCGGAGAUAAUGACGUCAAACCGGAGCUGUCCGGCAAGCUGAUGUUGCUCGACUGUUUCCUUGCCAAUCUCAAGGCCAACUACAGCGACAAGAUCGUGUUGGUGUCGAACUAUACGCAGACGUUGGACAUGUUCGAAAAGUUGUGCAGGAGAAGGGGAUACUUGUAUGUCCGACUGGACGGUACUAUGUCCAUCAAGAAGCGCGCUAAAGUAGUUGAAAACUUCAACAACCCUGACUCCCAAGAAUUCAUCUUCAUGCUGAGCUCCAAGGCAGGGGGUUGUGGCCUCAACCUGAUAGGAGCUAAUCGCCUGAUAAUGUUCGAUCCCGACUGGAACCCCGCAAACGACGAUCAAGCUAUGGCGAGAGUGUGGAGGGAUGGACAGCAGAAGCCCUGCUACAUUUACCGGUUUUUGGCAGCCGGUUCGAUCGAAGAAAAGAUCUUCCAGAGACAAGCGCACAAAAAGGCCCUGAGCUCGACCGUGGUGGACAUGAACGAAGAAACGGCUCGCCAUUUCAGCGUGGCCGAGCUCAGGGACCUGUUCAGACUGGAGCAGACCGAAUCCGACACGCACCAGCGGCUCAAGUGCAAGCGAUGCCUCAACAAGAUCCAGAUCAAGAAUCCGCCAGAAGAAGCCGAUUGCACGGACGAUCUGUCCAUGUGGUACCAUUGUUGGGGGGACAAGAAGGGUUUGGCGGAUAUGGUUCUGAAGCAAAUCUGGGACAUGUCAAAAUACAUUUCGUUCGUUUUCCAUCAAAAAUCCGCGAAACAAGAGGUAAAAACACUGAAGAAUCUCGAAGAAGAAGAAGAAGAUCCUGAUUAUGAUGAACAAGACGAAGACAAAGAAGGAGACUACAGCCAGUGAAAUAAAAAUGUUAAGUUUUCUAGUUGAAUAUUUUUGUACUUGAUAAACUCAGUUAUUGAAUGUGAUAUCAGUGUUAGAAAUAAUAAAUAAGUUAUUGCCAUUAUUAUGAUAAACACAUUUUUAAACUUUCGCCAUGCAAGUUUUUACAAUUAUACUGAUUCUCAAUCAGAGAAAUUUAUGAGCAUGAUUAGAGUAGCACAUAUACUUACCGGGGUAUUGUGAGAAAAACUAUACCGCCCUGAUGCACUUGAACGUCCU